AUUCUAUUCAUACAUAAAAUCUGCACAUUGACCUCUUUUUUCUUCCUUUUUAUCAUUUUCUUUGUUGUUACCCAAUUUUUUUUUUCUGAUAUCCUUGUUCUUUUUUCCUUUUUUCUUUUUCUUUUUUUUUCUGGUCUUGCUUCUUUGUCGGCUUUUUUUAAAUCACCAACUACGCAUUCAAAGGGCAAUUUUCCUCAUCACGUAGCAACCUUGUUAAGACCAAGAAAAAAAAACAGAGUCACUGAAAAAGACAAAUCAAAUACCCUUUUUUUUUCUUUAUCCAUCUCCAUCCGGCUUUUAUAAAAAAAAGAAUGGUCGAUCAACAGCCUCUCAAAUUACGUAAUCCAACCCAAUACCAUCUCCUUGCCAGUCAGCAACAUAAGCAAGAAGAUUUCCUUGACAUGGAGGAUCCGUCGUUGGAUUAUGGGGACGGAUUCCAAACGAAUUUUUUGAGCCCCAUGUCGUCGAAUUCGCUGCAGGAAUUCGAUGAUUUCGAGGGCGGAAAUAAAAAGCGUGCUCCAGGUUUUGGGGUGUCGACGGGCAAUCGAGGCGAUCUAUUUACGGAGGAAUCGCCCAGUGACUAUUCAUUGACAUCGGUCGAUGAUCCGUGGACGCAUAACUUUGUGGGACCGAUGGAUAUCCACAGAAGCAAUAAUAGCAAUAACCAUCAUCACCACGUCGGGAGCGGAAACCAUUCGGCAUUGGGUUCACAACUGAAGCAGCCCAUGUUCAUGCCUUCCAGCAGUUUUGAUUCUGCCAGUUUCUUUCCAAUGUCGGCUCCCGCCAAUAUUGGUUUCGAUCAGCACUUUGGGGGUUCGUCACCCACCACCACCAUGCAUCCGGGCUUGGCUUCAUUACAUCAUCGUCAGCCUACUUCCUUCGAUUCCGUCACACCCACUUCGGUCGCAGCAGUAGGGUCUGGAUCCUUUGAAGACGAUUACGCUAUGCAAAUGAAUCUCCAAGUCAUGAUGGAAAAACGGCGUCGUCGACGAGAAUCACAUAAUGCAGUGGAACGACGACGGCGGGAAAAUAUUAACGAACGAAUUCAGGAACUGGGUAGUUUAUUGCCAGAUUCCAUGUUGGAAGAUUUGCAAACUUCGGCAAAUAUGACCAAUGGCAACAAUAAUAACAAGCCGAACAAAGGCGCCAUCUUGCGGAAAUCCGUCGACUAUAUCCGGUUGAUGCAACAAGACCUUAGCGGUUACCAGCAGCGUUUACAUGAGCUGGAGAAAUUGGUGGAACAAUACCGCAAGAAAGAAAGAACCCCAUGACAUUAAUUCGCCUUGUUCGUUGAGGUCCCGGACUUCCGAUGUUUGUAUUGAUUACCGUAUUAUUAUUAUUGUUGGUUGCAAUCUUUUUUCUUCUUCUCUACCCCCUCGUUUGUUAUCGUAUUCGUUUUUUCUCAUUCCUUUUUCCGUUGUGUUUUAUUUUCUGGUGUUUUUUUUCCUUGUCCACGGGUACUUUUUUGCUAUUUCCGAAACAAAUCUGUUCUUUCCUCUUUCUGUGGAUAUCAUAUUAUUAUUGUUUUGUUGUAGUUGUUUUUUGCUUCAUACG